CACUUGUAUAAAUUACAUUUAACUUCGUUGUAUAUUAUUGUUAUUAUCGGUUAUUAAAUUUGUUUCAUUAUUAAAGCAUGGGAGGAUCAAUUGCUGUGCAUGUUGCUGCAAGAAAAUCAUUGUCCACCUUGGCUGGGUUGGUUGUCGUGGAUGUUGUAGAGGGAACAGCUAUGGCUUCACUCAUUCAUAUGCAGAAAAUUCUAUCAAACAGGAUGCAACAUUUUUCAAGCAUUGAAAAAGCUGUGAGCCCUGCUCUAUACCUUCUUUCAUUUGUGUUUCAAGUUUUGUGUUAUCUGUUGUGUCUACUGUUUCUGAUUUUGAUCUUUUUUAUUUUCUUUUUGUUGUCAUUAUUAAAGCAGUCUUUAAAAAUUAUUUUUGAAUGUCAUCCCAAUCCCAGUUUAUCAUAUUCCACCUCCGUCGCCGUCGCCGGAGCCUCCUCUACCCGUUUUGACCCUCAAAUCUCUGUUCCGGUGAAGUGCAGUGGCACCUCUUGUGGAAAUCGUCACUUUGGAAUUCAAAAAUCGUCACUAUUUCACUGUUUUCCGAUAUCCUCUCUGUUUUCAUUUAUUCUCUUGAUCAUAUCAUGGCCACUGGAGGAACUGGGAGUGCUAUUUCAUUCUCCGGAAGCCCCUGCAUUACGUCCGAGAAACUAAAUGGCCAAAAUUACUUAUCUUGGUCCGCUGCCGUCGAGAUGUGGUUUCUCGGUCAAGGACACCACGAACACCUUGAGAAAGAUGGCACCCACGUACCUUCUGAAAAAGCU